UGAGAGAGAGAGAGCGUUUCGUUUUCUUUGUUCUCACGGAGGAAGGAGACGAAACAAAAGUCUAAAGUCAAUUUACACACAUAAGAAAAUCCAUUAACCUGGAAAAAUAUAUAUUUAAUAAUCCGAUUUGGGAUUUGAUCAGUGGUAAAUCAGCGACAGCGAGUCGUCAUGGAAGGAGUUGGAGCUCGGUUAGGUCGGUCCUCGACUCGGUACGGACCGGCAACGGUAUUCACCGGUCCGGUGAGGAAGUGGAAGAAGAAGUGGGUUCAUAUCUCUCCCUCCACCAAGAAAGACAAUAGCUCCUCCGCUUCCGCCGCAACCACCUCCGUCGUUAACGGUGGCUCGGCCUCCGACGGCAGUAGUAAUGGAUCGCAUUUGUUGCUGUAUAAGUGGGCUCCAUUGUCUCAGGGCAGUAACGGUAACGGAAACGAUGAUGAUGGUAAGAGUGAGAAUUCUCCGAGCGAAGAACCUGUGGCGACGGCGGCGACGUUAGAAGAUCCUCCGCGGCGUAGAUUCAAAUACGUUCCGAUUGCAGUACUUGAGGAACAGAAGAAGGAAGAAAUUACAGAAAUCGAGGAAGAUGAUAAGGUUGAAGAGGAUGAGAAGGCUGAGGAGGAUGACAAGGUUGAGGAGGACGGCGUCAAGGUUGAUGAGGACACAAGUGAAGCAGAACCGAGCGAGAAGAAAACGGAAGCUGAGGAAAAACCUGAUAUAAACGAUGUUCCAAUGGAAGAUAAUCAGGAGGAGGUGGAAACAGUAGUGCGACAAGAUCUGAACGAAAGCACUCUUGAUUUAGGACUUAACUUGAAUGCAAAAGAUGCGGAUUCUGAAGACAAUCCUAAAGAGGACGAGCCACUAGAAGAGUGAUAAACUUGAGGCCAUUGCUUCCCCUGCAACUUGAGUUUUGUUCCUCUUCCUCAACUCUCAAGUCAUAAGGAACUAAGACAAUACGGAAAGAAGAAAGCUUUUGUUAGAGAUGGACGCAGAUCCUUGAUCUAGUCUGUACGUCCAUGGCUUGUUCCUUUUCUUCUUGAUGACCAGACUCAUUUUAUUCGGAACUAAAACAUUCAAUUCAUAGAGAAUUCUUGCUUUUUCUUGUCUGAAUUUUAAUUUGAUUAAACCAUUCAGGAGACUGAUUUCUCUGUUGAGUAACUUAUGAUGUACUUUGAAAGCAUAUGAAUAGAGCU